AUGGGAGAAUGGCAGGUGGAACUAUAUGAGCACGGCAACGUACGGGCAGCUCAGUACCGCACGUUGUUUGAGCAUCUCCGGGACCAGAUGUGGCGCCCUGAGGCCCCUGAGGUGAAGCCGACGACUGAGUUUUCAGCAGAUUUUCCUGCGAAACUAGAGAUCUGUGAGGAUGCAGUAUCUACUUUGGAGGAGCAAGCAACAGCGCG